CUGACCAAAUAUAUCGAAGUGAUAACAUGGUGUGUGUAUAUAAAAACGUGUUACUGUCACGGACCUCUAGAAGACUAUUUUUCGUCUUUUUACUGCUCAUGAAUGUGUUGCCGGCGAUUCUAGAACAAGAUGAAGACAUCCCCCAUAACGAAGUCAAGAACUGGGCGCUGCAGUUCGGCGUCGACCUAUGGGAGUAUGGUAAAAUGAUGACGCGAAUGAAUGAAUUGCAAAGAAAAUACCACGACGUUGACAUAGAUGUAGUCAGAAAAGAUGGACUGAUUUUAAUUAGGGAAAUGGCUACAGAAGUCAAGAAUAUGAUGGAUUUCAAAAUGGGAGCUGUCAUGCGUAUUAUGGACUCAGCGGAGCAAGCAGCUCUGACUCCACAAUCUGACAAUGGCCAACCAUUCCGAUAUUACAAUGCGAAAAGACUGAACGCCUUCGGACCUGAUGGUAGGCCAGCUGAAGGUACUAGAGAAAUGAUGCUCACACCAAAUCCGCACUUCGAUCACCUACCGGUUAACACUAGCUUAAGUUCCGUACUGAUACCUUCCAACAUCGACGAAGAAGACCUCGAUGUGAUGAAUGCUAUUCAGUGGUCAGAGCAUCUAGACCCACUCUUCAUAAACAAUUAUGAAGGUGAUCCGUCAUUGUCCUGGCAGUUCUUCGGCAGCUCCCAGGGCUUUUUGCGCAGAUAUCCUGGAAUAGCAUGGCCUCCUGAGGAUAUGUCAACAGUUUGGCAAAGACCUAGAAACAACAGAAACAUAUACGACUUUCGUUCCUCAGCUUGGUACGUAGAUGCGGCAACGUCUCCAAAAGAUAUCGUCAUUCUGGUAGACAGUUCCGGUUCCAUGACAGGAAACCGGGUAAACUUAGCCAGGGCUACUGCUGAGGCUAUUCUGGACACCCUGUCUGAUAACGACUUUGUUAACGUGUACAAGUUCUCCGACAUCACUGAAGAAACCCUUCCCUGUUUCAAGGAUAAACUAGUGCAGGCUAAUAACGAGAACGUAAGGUGGUUAAAAGACUCCUUAGACAAUUUCAAGGCGGAGAACAUCGCCAACUUUACGUCUGCACUGGUUACAGGUUUUGAAAUCUUACACAAGUAUAAUCGUACCGGACAAGGGUGCCAAUGCAACCAAGCUAUAAUGUUAAUCACUGAUGGCUUAGCAUCGACGUACAGAGACAUAAUUAGAUUGUACAACUUUCCUCAUCGACCAGUCAGAAUAUUCACGUAUUUAGUUGGAAAAGACACCAGUAGUGCUAGCGAAAUGCACUGGAUGGCUUGUGCUAAUAAAGGCUACUACACCAAAAUCAAUAAGGUCGAAGAGGUGAAGGAGAAGGUCCUUCAUUACAUAGAAGUUAUGGCUAGGCCUAUGGUGAUGUACCAGAAUGACCAUCCAAUCCAGUGGACUCCAGCCUACGUGGGUGGAAGGGCUGACAGUUUCUCCAAUGAUAAGAUUGGGCAACUCAUGACAACUGUCACCACCCCGGUGUUUGAUCGAAGAAAUCAUUCCGUACGUGUUGCUAAUGUUCUCGGAGUUGUUGGUACGGAUGUUUCUAUCGAUCAAAUCAAGAAAUUGGUCCCACCAUACAAGCUGGGCGUCAACGGUUACUCAUUCAUCGUUGACAAUAACGGCCACGUUCUGUAUCACCCCGACCUAAGACCAUUGCAAAACAACGAAUUAUACGAGGACACCCUUGAGCCUCAAUAUAUUUCUGUGGAUUUAACAGAAGUAGAACUUGUGGAGAACGAAAAUGGUCCGAGGUCGAACAAUUCUAUCCUGCUUGACUUAAGACAUGACAUGAUCGAUCAGAAAGAAGGGGAGACGGAAUUGAGUGUGAAAAUUCAUUACGACAACAUGCACCGUGUUACUACGAGACGUCACAAGUACUUCUAUAACCCAAUAGAAGGAACACCAUACUCAUUAGGUCUUGCCAUUCCCGAGGGUUAUGGGAUGUACGAGUUACUAGCCGAGCAAGAAAUCAAACACAGCCAGAAGAAUGUGACCGAUUACUUCAAGGGAACCAACUGGAGGGUUCACCCUGAUUGGGUCUACUGUGAAUACACAAGUGGAACAUCCGGUGAGCAAUGGUUUAAAACAGCCGAAGAGCGAGUCCUCCAUUUCCUAUCAAGAAGUAGGCGACCUGGCUGGAAAUGGAUGUCAUUAAGACCAAGAUCACCAGUUCAGAGAGAGCACCAUCAUAUUUCCACCAAACAAGACAAGGACGCAUACUUUUGUGAUAAAACAUUGCUGCAAUCUCUGGUUUUGGACGCAAUGGUAACCGAAGGUUUGGAGAAGCACCCAUUCAGAUCAAGAAUGGAAGACAAGCACCCUAUAGGCACACUUUUGGUAAAAUUACAAAGCCAAGGCUAUGAAAUUUUUGGACUGGUCCUGUCGUUCGUCGCCACCCGAUCUGGAUUACUCCGCUGGACCAACCUGACCAACUUCGAAACUGAAGAACCGCACUUCAGCGAGCACAACGUCCGAGCCAUGGACGAAACCUGGUACAAAAGAGCAGUGGAUCAACACUCCAUAGAGCCCGAAAGCUUUGUGUUUUCUGUUCCGUUUGACGUUGGGUCUUCUGGAAAGCCUUUGAUCACUGCAACACACGCAGUUUUCGUAGAGCAUAAAGGUCACAGAGCUCCUGCAGCUGUUGUGGGACUUCAGUACCAGCACUCGAAGUUGGCUGCUCAUUUCCACAACAUCACCUCAAAGUGCACCGGUACGUCGGUUUGCCGCAACACUUGCGCAAGCGACAAGUUGGACUGCUACGUCUUGGACAACAACGGUUUCAUCAUCAUUUCUGAAAACAACCAUCACACCGGAAGAUUCUUUGGACAAAUCGACGGUACCAUCAUGGAUUCGUUGGUGCAGGACAGGAUUUAUAAAAAGAUUGCGGUUUACGAUUAUCAAGGGUCGUGUUCCAAGAGCAAGCACCACUACAGCGGCAACGCAAUGAAGAUCAAGCCCUUCGAUCCAGUCAAAAUAAUGUUCGCUUACUUCCUUAAGCUGGGGUACUUGAUGAUGAACACUAUUAAUCAAGCUUAUGGUACCGCCAUUGCGUACGCGCAGGAUGAAGAUUUGGGUGAGAACUAUUAUGAUCAGUACCCAACGGGUGAAGAGGAGGACAUAAUAAUAUCACCACCAUCGAACUCGUACUCACCUUCGUUCAUUCCUCCGUACGAAUCUGACCCGUUGGAAGGUGUGGAUAUGGGACAGUAUGGUGUUAGGAGGUGCGACCGCAAAACUGAUCUGUACAUCCUGCAGCCGGAACGUUUGAACACCAGCGGACAAAGCAACCCUUUGAAGGGGAAACUGACCAACUGCCACGUCACUGGCUGCGAAAGACCGUUCAGCGUUCAGAAAAUUCCUCACAGCAACUUGAUCUUGUUGGUGGUGGACACGACUUGUCCCUGUGGUAGCAAACAAUUGAGCAUUGAGCCUCAAGAGUUGGUUUACGAUACCGGAGCCGUUGAUUGCAUGCAGAAGACAAAGGAUAAUCUCUACAGGAGGCGUCCACCAAAAUGCAUCAACUACCAUCCAGAGGAAAUUGAAAUUCAUCUUUGUGGAGCUGCUUCGACUAGAUUUUUGAGCAUUGUUGCGUUGCUAUUGAGCAUUAUUCAUUGUAUGUUCUGUCUAUGGUCGUGAUUUUAAAUAUCAACAUGUCGGUCUGUAUUCAGGCUGUAUUUAAUUAAGAAUAACAAAAUAUACAUAAACAUUCAAAGUAUCAAACCUUUCAAAUAUACUUUUGUUUUGUUUUCUUCAAAAGAAUUAUAUCACAUUUAAUGAAAAACAUAGAAUAGAACCAACGUUUCAAGACGAAAAAGUUAAUGAAUAGUUAAAUUUUUUAUAUAAUUUAUGAAGUAAUUUUUGGGUGUAUUUUGUACAUAUCUUAUUGUAGUUAUUAGGUGGUGGUUUUUCAAAAAAAACUUAACGCUGGAUAGUUGUAAAUAUAUUUUUUUGAAAAAUCGCAAUGUCUUGAAGAUAUAAUCUAACAAAUCAAAGACAAUAAAUAUUCGGUUAUGUAAUUAUUUAUUAUUAUUAGUGAAUUAGAAGGGAAAUCAUUCAUAAUGAACCAUGCAAAAAAUAAUAGUUAGAAAUCUUGUCUGAACAAAAUGUUGUAUAUAAUCAGAGGUAUUAUUUAUUCUCAUAUAAAAUAAGAAAAUGCAAAUAAAAUAAUUUAGAACUAUUUUGUAGAUCUAAUCAAAACUGCAUGUAUAUAGAGACUGGUAGGGGUAUUAAUAAUUGUUUCCAGUAAGGAAUGAGCAUCAACGUUUGUCUAUGAAUAAAGUAACAGUUUAUAAGAUCUUAUAAGACCGAAAUUUUAAACAGACAAGUGAAAAAAAAUAUGAUGCGUUAAUUUAAGAUAAGUUUAAUUGAACUGGAAACAUCACCCCACAAUAAUUUACAAUGAUUUUAAGAAUAAUUCAUGAUUCCAUACACAUAUCUCAGAAGCAUAUCAUGGAUUGAUUCAAUAUAUCAAAAUAGUUUUUAACACACCCUUUUGGUGAUCAAUUAACAUGCAUUUUGUUGAUCCAGCAACAAAGUAAAGAAGACAAUAGAAUUGUGGCGUCCAACUUGACGAACUGACAGACACUUUGGCAAUAAUAAUAUCUUAAAACUGUUAAAAUAUACAAGACAUUAAAUCUAGAACUCGAGAACAAGACAAAAGUAGUACCAGGAUUGUAUUUUUAUAUAAGCACCCCUACAUAUAAAAGUGUACGUUACUUUUGUAAAAUAUUUGUCGGCUUGGUUUAUUAUCAAUUGGAACGUUUUCCUUUUAAUUCACACUGCUGUAGCUGUUUCGUUUGUAUGACUGUGCAAAAAUGAGAUUGUAAAUGUUUAGGAGAUCAUGAAGGGUAAUUUAUAGACAGACUUCAUGUUAUCAUUGGACAAUAAUUGAGAAAUUCGUGUCCUGAAUGCUACAAUUUCAUUUAAUGGUUUUGUCCCCCUUCUGGAAAUUAGUUAAUGUGAAACUAUUUGCAUUAGCAACUGCGAAAAUUGAACAGUUAGGUAGAUUAGUUAUCUACUGUUGUAAAUAAACUGUGUCAUAAAUUUAAUGACUACAUACUAAUUUUUUAACAAAAAAAAAAGAAAGAUGAUAGGGUAAGAAAGCUUUAGCUAUAAUAUACUAUUUUAAAACAGAAAACUGUACUGGCUUUCUAUUUUAAAAUUUACAGGGUGAUAUUUUUAAUGUAUUCGUUUAAUUUACUAAUGAUAAGUGAAACUUUUUACAUUAACAAGUAUUUUAGCCUAACAGGCCAAGCCUCAGUAGGUUUUUCAUAUUUGAUAUGUAACGAAAGUAAAUUAAUUUGAAUGUUUUAUAUUGUGACAUACGAUAACGUUAAAAUGAUCUCCUUGUAUUUAUUAUUUGUAUGACUACAAAUGCCCUAGUCUGAUUACGCUAGAAAUGUUAAGGGGCAUUUGAACAGUGAACCUGCUUAUCGGUAUGAGGUGUGCAUUUUUUGUAAUAUAUACUAAUGUAAUUUAUUAGAAAAAUUCAUGUCUGGACACUGUAUCAAAUAUCAAAUGUUUAUACUGUAAUGUUAAAAAUGUAAGCAUAAUUUUUCUAAUAGAAUAUGGCAUACAUAUUGUAUAAGAUACUUUUGUAUUUUGUUAGUAUCAAGUAAUAUGGCAUGAAUGAGGAUCAAGGAAUGGGUUAAGAGAAUUUGAAACGUUAGUAUAGUGUGUUUGAUACAUUGUAAAAUGGUUUAGUAUAAUUAUCAUUACUUAAAAUUUCGUAAACUAACUACACUAUACUAAAACUGAGUCUUCCAAUUAAAACAAAUAAUUAAUUGUAAGUUAUGAAUAUAUAGAAAAAUAUAGGAAACUAAUGUAUUCAACUUUAAGCAACAUGUGUAGAACAGUUAUGAAGCAUUCGUUUAUUUGUCAAAAUAAUGUUGUUUGUCUGUUGUAUGUAAUUCAUACUAGACUUCACAUAUCUUAAAUGAAUUGCAUAGUUUUAAUUAAAAACUAAUAUACA